GAACUUUAGACGUAAUCUUAUUAAUCUGUGGUCCUUGACGUGGACGUGUAGAACGGAGAUGACUGAAAGGGAUGAAGAGGGCGAGGUAAAUGUCAGAUUCUAAAGUACCGUUCCUUGUCUAUGGUCACAAAAUUGGUCAAAUCAUAGUUUUUACAUGAAGAUUUCAUGCCGUGCCAAGAAGCCUUGAAAAUGAGAAAUUUAGCUUAGUUUUUAAUUUUUUUUUCAAUAUUUAAACACAUCCUAAGUCGUGGUGCACGCUAUUUAACUAUAUUAACGAUGCCGAAGAAGAAAACAGGCCAACGAAAAAAGGCGGAGAAGCAGAAACUGAGACAGAAAGAAAUUAGAAAUGCUCGUGGUCAUGUUGACCUGGCGCAGCAUCCCUCCAACUUACCGAUGGAAUGCGAUAAAUGUCAGAAGAAGCAGAAGAGUCGUGCCUUCUGCUACUUCUGCUCGGCAGUGCAACGGCUGCCGGCCUGUGCCGCGUGUGGCAAGGUGAAGUGCAUGGCGAAGUCCGGCGACUGCGUGGUGCGCCACCCUGGCACUUUCACCACAGGACUCGCUAUGGUUGGUGCUAUAUGUGACUUCUGUGAGGCAUGGGUGUGCCACGGACGCAAGUGUCUCACCACACAUGCCUGUUCCUGUCCCCUCAUUGAUGCCGUGUGCCUUGAGUGUGAGAGAGGUGUAUGGGAGCACGGUGGUCGCGUGUUCCGCUGCUGUUUCUGUCAGGGGUUCCUGUGCGAGGACGACCAGUUCGAGCACCAGGCCUCCUGCCAGGUCCUCGAGUCUGAGACUUACAAGUGCCAGUCGUGCAACCGUUUGGGGCAGUACUCGUGCCUGCGCUGCAAGUCGUGCUACUGCGAGGAGCACGUGCGGCGCCCCGGCCUCCCCGGCGCCGCCGCCAAGCGGGGCGCUCCGCCCUGUCCGCGCUGCCAUCUGGCCACCAUCGCCGUCACCGACCUGUGUCUCUCCACUCGUACGCAUCGCUACGGGCGACAGGGCGUCGCGCAACCAGAAGACGACGCCGCCUACUCCGGGGAGUACGAUGGCGAGGGCGCAGAAGCCGGGGACUACUCUUACUCAUACUCAUACUCGUGCUCCGACGACGAUGACGACAGCGACUCCGACGACUCCAACGAAGAUGACGACGACAACGAUGACGACGCCGCAACCGCUAAACCUUAAACGAGGCUUACUGUCUACCUUUAUAUUAGUAAACGAAAAACUAAAGCACAUUUUCGCAGUGUUUUGUCGCUAUUAAUAAAAUGUCUAUUUUAGUGAUUUUAAAUAAAACAUGCAACUGGCGGACUAGUUUUUUGUUUAUUUAUAAGGGUGCAAGGGAGUUGAUAUAACUCGGCCAGAAUGCUGUAAAAACAUAGGAUUCAUUGAGAGCUGGGCUAAACUGUACUUCCAGGGCCCAAGUGGUGAUACUUCAAUUCAAUACAAUUUAUUGCACUCAUGUGGUUACAUCGAUGGUUACAAAAUGCUUAUAGUACCUAACAUGAACCCUGUCGGGUAUCGCAAUAUACAGUACAGUUAAAGAUAAAAAUUACAAAAGAAUUUAAUUUUUAAACAGUUAUGUAUAUAAGGAACCUAAUUAGUAUUAAACCACAUAUCUCAAAUUAUGCAUAAAUGUCAUCUGAUUCCAUUUGUUUAACAAUGUAACUUAUUCAAUUGAUCUCAUUCACAGUAGUACUUUAAUUUAUGGAAAUUCAAUUAUAAAUUUUUUGUCAAUAAUUAAAAUUAAUGAAUAAAAUAAUAUGUCAAUAAAAAUAAAAUAAUAUUUCUAUAAACAUGAUUACAAUAAUCUCGGUUUGUAUUUUAAAGAUCUGCAUGGUGUAAGAGGUAUGCUUGUCAAUUUUUAAAAUGUCGCCUAGUCUUGGAUUCGGAUCCCUGUGGGACUUUUUUAGACUAGAUAGCGCUGCCGUAGCAUGUAUUGGGAUGAAAAUAUGGAUUUUUGCGUAUGAGUUAAAGUUUCAUCUUCAUAGUAAACUACACAUUUUUGUUUUUUUUUUCUGCUAAAAAAACAGCAACUGAAUUUGAAAGUUUGAAACGUAUCUUUAGUAGAAGCACAUUUAGAAAUAAUUUGGUAUGAUUGAUAUGACAACAUUCAGUAUUUGACAGCUGCGCAACCAUUGCACAUCAGUCUCGCUGAAACGAGACUAAUAAAGACUUAUAAUUUUACAAAACGUAGUUUAGUGGAUAUCUUGUAAGACUAUUCUUGCCAAAAAGUAGCUUCUGUCCAAGAACCACUGCUUGGUGUCUAAUAAGAAUGCCCCCGUCGAAGGGCAGCUGGUGAAAGUGCGGGUGUUGUGAUCUUGGGCGCGCGAGUGGGUGACCAUGGGCGUGGGCCUGCAGCCGCUCGAGUUCACCGAGUGUUUGGCGGACAGCCCCCAGUUCCGCGAGAAUCUGCAGCGCCACGAGAAGGAGCUCGAGCGCACCAGUCAGCAGAUCAAGCGACUCAUCAAGGAAGUCAAGGAUGUUGUGCAGGCGGCCAGACGGCUGGGCACCGCGCAGCUGGCGCUCGCGGCGAGCAUGGAGCAGUUCGAGUUCGCGUGCAUCGGCGCCUCCAUGACGGAGGACGAGCGCGUCAUCGGCCGCUCGCUGCACCACUUCGCGCACCUCAUCCGCACCAUAGAGGAGGAGCGCACGCGCAUGUUGGGGCGCGCCGACGAGCAGAUCAUCCAGCCCCUCGAGCGGUUCCGCAAGGAUCACAUCGGAGCUGUUAAGGAGGGCAAGAAGAAGUUCGACAAGAAGACGGCCAAGUUCUGCCAGACACAGGAGCGCACGCUCUCCCUCUCCACCAAGAAGCAGGAGAAUGUCUUCCAGGAGGCGGACGCGGCGAUGGACAUGGCGGAGCGCGACUUCUGCCAGGCGUCGCUGGAGUACGUGUUCCAGCUGCAGGCCGUGCAGGAGCGGAAGAAGUUCGAGCUGGUGGAGACCCUGCUCGGGUUCGUGUUCGGCUGGUGGACCUUCCACCACACCGCGCACGACGUCCACGCCGACGCCGAGCCCAGGGUGCGGGACCUGCAGCUCAGGAUACAGCGGACGCGGAGUAACUUCGAGGAGACCAGCAAGCAGACGGAAUCGCUCAUGAAGAAGAUGAUGGAGGUGCGGCAAAUGUAUAAAGAGGACGAGGGCGCCGACGCGGACGAGAGCGGCGGCGUGUCGCGCGCUGGAUAUUUGUUCCUCAUGGAGAAAAAGGCGUUCGGCACGGCGUGGACGAAGCAGUACUGCACGUACGAGCGCGCCUCCCGCACGCUGUCCCUCACGCCCUUCAACCAGAUCAACGUGAAGGGGGCCGUGGGGGGCGUCGCGGGGGGGGAGUCGCCCGGCGGGGCCGCGGCCGGGGCGCGCAGGCUGAGGGCGCUGGUGUCGGGGGGCGCCACCGAGGCGGUGCUGGUGUGCGGGGCCAGGGCGUGUGCCGACCCGCCCGAGCGACGCUUCUGCUGGGAGGCGGUGCCGCAGGAUCGCGAGCGCGCGGCGCUGACGCUGCAGUCCCUGUCGGAGCGGGACCGCGGCGCCUGGGUGCGGGCGCUCGAAGCCCUGCUGCAUCCCGCGCUGGUGCUGCAUCGCCACACAGAAGGCGGCGGGACGGAGUGCAGCGCGCUGGACGAGACGGGGUUCGAGUUCGCGCGGCGCGUGACGGAGGAGCUGGAGGCGCGAGGGCUGGAGGAGCAGGGGCUCUACCGCGUGGCGGGCGUGGCCUCGCGCGUGGCCCGCCUGCUGCAGGCCUCCGCCUCCCCCUCCCCCUCCCCCUGCCCCGGCCCCGCCCCGCUGCAACACCUGGAGACCAACACGCUGACGUCCGCGCUCAAGGCCUACCUGCGCGCCCUGCCCGAGCCGCUGCUCACCAGGAGGUUACACAGCCAGUUCAUCGCCGUGGCCAAGUGCGAGCGUCGUGCGGAGCGCGUGGGGGGCGUGCGGGCGCUGGUGGGCGCCCUGCCGCCCGACAACCGCCGCAUGCUGCGCCUCGUGAUGCGGCACCUGCGCCGGGUUUGCGCAAAGAGCGACAAGAACCUGAUGUCGUCUUCGAACCUGGCGGUGUGCUUCGGCCCCACGCUGCUGAGGGCCGAGCGGGAGACGGUGGCGUCCAUCCUGGAGCUCAAGUUCUACAACGUGAUCGUGGAGACCCUGCUGGACCACUACCACGACGUGUUCGACGCCCCGCCCCCCGCCCCGCCCGGCCCCGCCCCACCCGCGGGCCCCGCCCCACCCGCGGGCCCCGCCCCAACAGGCCCCGCCCUCCCCGCCGGCACCGGCGCCGCACCGCAACACAACGGCGUGCUCAGAGCUUCCCCCACAUGCAUUCCUGCCACCGCGCGUACUGAUAUUAGUAUGAGUAUGGGCGUCAGCGUAGGCGGGUCGGGGGCGGGGGCGGGGGGCGCGAGAUACUCGCCUCACCACCAUCAGUUGCUAGCACACUUCGCCUCGCCACUCAUUGCAGGUCGGUCGAGCAGCAGUUCCGCCGAGUCAGUAUCGAGCGCGAGCGCGUCCCCUCCCCCGGCGCCCCCCCUCGGGGCCAGCGUGGGGUCCAGCGUGGGGUCCAACAUGGGGAUCGGUUUAGGGACAGGGGGCCGCGUGAGAACCCUGUACGCGUGCCUCGGCGAGUCGGAGGGGGAGCUGUCGUUCGAGCCCAACCAGAUCAUCACCAACGUGACCGCCUCGCCCGAGCCCGGCUGGCUGCGAGGCACGCUCAACGGGAAGACCGGCCUCGUGCCCGAGAACUACGUCGAGCGGCUGCCUUAGGUCGGCCUCGUGCCCGACAACUACGUCGAGCGGCUGCCUUAGGUCGGCCUCGUGCCCGACAACUACGUCGAGCG